AGUUAACCAUCACAUCACUUUGGAAAUGAAACUCGAUUCAAUGCAGGCUGCAAAAUAUUCUGCCACAGAGCACAAAUCCAUGGCAGGGCUUUCGCUCUGGAAUAGCAUGCUAUAGAAGAACACCUAAACCAUACAUCUGUUCCCUCCCUCAGCCUGGUGACCCCCACUUUGGAUGACUGCUCAUCUGCCCACAGUGUGAUGAAGUUGGCGAGUGAGGAGUUAACCAUGGAUGGUACUGCUGCCACUUAACCAAGGGGCUUACCCUUCCCAAACAGUGUGAGUGAGAUGCAUUGUGCCUGGUCAGUGGUGGCCAGUAGUCUUGUGUUGAUAGUGUAGCUUGGAUGAGACAGGUCCUUAUACUAGACACUUGCACACUAUCAUCUAACGCAGGGAAGCUACUGGGAGAAUGAUUUCAGCUGAGGUCUAUCUGGAUAAGACUCUGUAGACCCAUCUACAACCACAAAAUAAACAUGGACCUCUCCUUCAUGGCAGCCCAGCUCCCUGUCAUGGGAGGAGCCUUCAUGGAUUCGCCCAACGAUGAAUUUGGAACGGAAUAUUCCUUAUUCAACUCCUCAGCCAACGUACAUGCAGCCUCUUACGCUCAAAGCCCACCGGAAGAGCAAGCACAUUCCUCUAACGAUGCCAUAUUAUUAUGGAUUGCAAUCAUCGCCACUAUUGGAAAUAUUGUGGUCGUGGGAGUGGUCUAUGCCUUCACUUUCUAAGAAGACUGAGAUUGCUGACAAUGGGGCUUGGAGACACAAACAACAUUUUUUAUUGAUGUACAUACAUUGUUCAUUAUUUAAGGCCUGUCAGGCCUAAAAAAGAAAAGUCCAUGAAACAUUUAACAAAAGGAAUGAUAUUUCAUUGUGGGGAGUAAACAGGCUUAAGUGCUCUGGGGUUACCCUAGUUCCAUAGCCUAAGGGUCUGUGCCGCUAUUCCGCUUGUGGAAAUGGAAGGCUCCUAUGCUAAAUUAGAUUAAUGUUAAUUGAUAAUUGAUGUUGUUUCUUAUAGUACAGUAUUACCACAGCUUUUAUUAGUGUUUGCAUAACAAUACUUUCAAAAACAAACAUUUUUUUAAAAAGUUUUAAUUUCUUAUUUGGAAUUCUCAAAGGAAUUUUUAUUUAACUGGGUCUCCAGCUGUACACUAUAGGAAACAGAAAUGAGAACAUGUGUCAUGGUCUAAUUAGCUAAUUAUCUGGCUCUCAGAUAUAUGACCUAGUAAACAAAGGGCGAAUGGAACUGCAUAACGUAAUCCCUGAAUUAAACCAAACUUGUUUAUUCUUCUUAACAGAUAUGUGUCAUUUACCAAGGGCUCUGAAUAACAGUGUUAGCUCUUAUUUUCUUAUUCUUUAUCUUUUUUGGCUGUUUUGAUAUUUGUAUGAAAAAUACGUUUACACUGAAUGUCAGAGAUGGUCAGUUUGUUUUAGUAAUUUUUUUUUAAAAAGAGGACUUUAAGGUGAUUUUUAAACUAACAAAAAUAUAUUUCUUAUUUUUAAUACAUGUCGUGGAUAUAUUAUAGUCAAGCCAAAUAUUAUUGAGGCUAUAUAAUGGAAUUAUCUAGAUAACAAUAUUUUUUUUUUUACUAAGAUGAAGCCCCUCCAUGAUAAGAGACAAUAUUUUGAAGUGUUGUUCUAAAGGAUGGACCUGAAUUCUCAUGUAGUAGAAUAACACUCUAUUCCAAAACAAAUUCAGAAAUUGCACACUGCCUACUGCCAUAUUUCUGCAAGUGUCCAUCAUAAUAUUACUAGUCACAAAGACUCAUUUUUAAAAGCGCGAGCAUGCAAAAAUACAGUGCAAAUGUUGUUUUUUGUCUUACCUCGUAACAUAGAUGAUUUGCUGGCCAAGAUGGUGGUAUCUAUGGGUAUGCAAUGCAUUCGCAGGGGAGCAGCUGGUUGAAUACUAGUAGAAAACUAGUAGUGCAGCCAUCACAUGCAAAAAAAAGGUUUCAUUUAGCAGAAUAAGAGACAUCCAUUAAUUUCUGGUAGGGUGGCAGCAUGUAUACCCCCUCAACAAGACUAUAUCUACCUCUUCUGAAAUGGUUGAAAUAGGGCAUCAUCCUAUACUGUCAAAGGCAACACUUUUCUACAUGCACUUCAGUAAGUGUGACAAUAAUCAAACACACAAAAUGAGCACAUGUAAUACAGUACAGUAACCGAAAUUAGUAGCAAUCUGGCACAUAAUAUAAUAUACUUUAUACUGUCCAUUAUCAUCAUUAUAUUCCAAGUCUCAUAACUACCUGGGUACAUUUGUUGUGAAGCUGCGUUAGGUUUCUACUCUAAUCCAGAAUUUUUUCCUCUGGGAUGGGACCCCUAUGCUCAUCUAUAUAGCCACUGGAAAUGUCAGUAUAUGCCAAGUAUAUAUACUAUAGUCCAUGACCAUUUCAUGUGUAUUUUUAUCACUUACUUUGGUGCCUCUUUAAGGGGUAGAUUUAUCAAACUUUCUAUAACGCAAGAAGAAGUUUAGCCCAUAGCAAACAAUUAGAUUCUACCUGUCAUUUAUCUAGUACAUUCGAUAAAAUGAUAGCUACUGUAUAAGCUGAUUGAUUGCUAUGAGCAAUUUCUCCAUCUGUCCUUUUUAGAAGGUUUGUUACAUCUCCCCCUUUGUCUUAAAUGCUUCACUUGUAUUAUGGGGACUGUAGGACAUUAUGGGGACUGUAUAUCUGUCUAAGUCACUUUUAAGUGUUUGAAUACUUCUAUUAUAUAGGUCACCCACAUCUUCAGUAGAAAUGCUGAAAGGAACAAUACUGUAAGUAUCAUCCUAUUAGAGGUAUCAUCAGGAUGACUGCCACCACUAGGCAUGUGCAGCAGCUCCAUUCCACCCUUUAUACUGCAUGCACUGGCUGUUGGCCAGAAAGUAGGGAAGUGUGGGUUCCAGGCAACUGGACUCCCCCCACCUUCCCCUGCAUUUGCCUAUGCCCCUCCCUUCUGGAUCAUAUUUAAAUAAAUUCUACUUACUAGAUGAAAACUUGAUGCUGCAUGUAAUUAUAUUAUUGGGUGCAUUCUCAACUUAGCCUUUACUCAGAAAGGAACACUCCGAUUCCCACAGAUAACCCCAUUAGCAGAUCUAAAAUCUUGCACGUAGAUGCUGCCAUCCUGGCCCCCAGAUUCAGGCACUUCCCUAUAAGAACUGGUGCACUUCUUCAAAAAUAGAUGCACAAUGGUACAAAACAGUAUUUGCACUUAUUCAUGUUCAGAAAUUACAUUUAGAGGGAAAUGUAUAUUAAGUGGAGGUGUGUGACAGGUGCUGUAGAAAUGAGAAAACUGUUUCUAAUAAUUACUGAUAUACAGGGACCAAUAAUGCCAAAUAACUGAAGCCAUAUGACUGUAGGAACCUUACAUGCUCCCAUCCUGUAGUGCACCAACCCUGGUCCUCGAGAGCUACCCACAGUUCACGUUUUCCAGGUCUCCUCACGGAAUCACAAGUGAAGUAAUUAGCUCCAACUGUGGAUCGUUUAAAAUGUGUCAGUUAGUAAUGAGUACACCUGUGCACCUGCUAGGUGAGCUGGAAAACGUGAACUGUUGGUAGCUCUCGAGGACCAGGGUUGGCUACCAGGGCUGUAGUGACUCCAGAGGUGGGGCUGCAGUGCAGUCCAAAAUUCAAAUAGAGGAGCCACACCAACUGCCAGUGAGUCCCGCUGGGAGAAGUCUGGCAGCGUUUAGAUGGCAGUUGGUGUGGCUUCCCUAUUUGAAUUUUGGACUGUGCCGCAGCCCCUCCUCCGGAGCCACCAAUGUUCCCGUGCUUUAGCAUAAUGUAGGGAAUUAUAGAUUGACAGAGGAAAUGACAGCGUUAUAUUAAGAUGCUCAAUAGGAAAAAUAUAAAUUGAGCUAAGGUAAAGAACAGAACUGCAAACCAACAUGUGAGGGGGUCCGUAUCUUUAUUUAACAGUUCUAAUACAAAUUUAUAUAUUACAGGACAUAUUUUCCAGUUUUUACAUGUAAUCAAAACUUUUAAGGCUACAAAGUUGACUUAAGAUGAACAAUAUUUUGAAUUGAAUUUAUUUUUAUUAUUGAAUUUAAUAGUUAAUUAUCUUUUUCUAACUGAUCCUAAUCAAUAUGAUUGCUAAGUAUAAUCCAACAAUCCUGGUAAUACAGUGACAAGUUAACCAAAACUAAAAUAUGGUCACAGUAUUUAUGACAUAAUUGCAUUCGCUAUAAGUGCAUAAUUAUAAUUAUGCCAUUACUAUUAAUGGAAUAAGAUUUCCCUUUCCACUGCAACAAGAAUUUCCCUAUCCUUUAUGGGGUUAAAAUAAUGUGAAUUUUUUUUUUAUGUGCUAUUUAUUGAUUACCAAACUUUUUACUGUAUUUUUGUGCGUAUGUAUAUACUCUAAUAAUAGUAAAGAAGAAAAAACUAAAAGAAUAAUUCACUUUUGGUUACUAUUUCCUAUUUUACAAGCCGAAGAAAAUGAAAGUUUGACAUAUUUGCACACUGGGCAUUAAAUGAUCUGAUACAUAAAAAGUUUUGGAAAGUUAUGCUGAGCAAGAACCCGGCCUGGAAGCAUAAGGGCUAAUGCAGAAUUGAAAGCAAGAAAAAUGCAGAUAUUCCCCUGUAUGGUGCAUUCACUUAUGCAUCCGCUGUGCCCCUACCCAAACCCUUAUGCUGGGUACACACUAGAGGAUGUGUACCCAGCGUGAUGAUGUGACCCAGUGGUGGGGGCAGCGUCAGCAAGUGAGUACACACUUGCCGGUGCCGCCAGCAUUGAACGACAGCAGCCCUGGCUGGGUAUGCAUGCACAGCCGACUGGCGAUAUCGCAUCAUCAGGGUCAUAGUGCGUACACACUGGAUGAUGUCGUUUAAGGAUAUGUCGUUAUUAGGCACAUCGUCCACUAUAUCAUCGAGUGUGUACCCAAACUUUUAGAGUUAUUGCUUUCAUCAUUAUUAGCGUGCACUUGCAUCUCUCUUGCCUACUCUUCUGGAAAGUCCAGGAGGUUCCUAAAUCUCAGGUGGUGCUCCCGGGCACCAUGAAGAGCAUUCAAGUCUCCUGCAGCUGCCCACCAUCCAUCUGGCACCACCCACUUUCCAAGAAAGGUGGGCAGCUGGCCAAUGAUGCAUUUUGCACUGAAUUACGUCAUUGUAGCCAUAACCAAAUACUGGUAAUCUCGGCAUUGUAUAGAGGGGCAGAGCCACAAUCACGUGUCAUGCAUUCCAGCCCACCAAUGCCAUGCCAUGACCAAUACAUGCCCCCUGCUGUGCUGAUCCAGCUACCCACUUCCCUCACAGGGCGGGUAAAAAGUAGGCAACUAUGAGUUGCACCAGGAAUAUUGGUGCAAGACCUCCACAUAGUGGAUAAUUCCAUAGACACGCCCCCCCCCUCCACGCGAUCUUAUUAAACCUAGUCUACCUGCAUAUGCCAAGUAACCCCUCAAUUACACCCAUUCUGCUGCAAAUGGAAACAUGACUGGGUUGUGUGUGACACUGCAGUGCUCGUACUUGUGUACUGUCAGCUGCAGAGCAUUCAAAGUGCUGAAACCCACAGCACAAUAUCCCUCCGCUAAACUAAUUUACAUUCAAUUCUGCGUUAGCCCUAUACUGUGUCAGCCUGUUUGGGGCUCCUCAGUGUAGUUAUCUGCUCAGCAUGUGAAACUAAACACAGUGAGAACGAGACCAAAUUUAGGGAAUACAGAAACUCCCUAAUUGAAAUCAGUAAAACAUGCCAUUUUGGGGUAUGUUUAUUUUGUACACAUACGGCUUGCUUUAGAGUUGCAUGUAAGUCCAUUGGCACAAGGAAAACAUGGGACUUAUGUAAGGCUUGUUGAACUGUAAGCCUACAUCUUAUACUUACUAGGUGCAACUGGUGGCGACUGAUCUGGGGUGAUCACAGUAGGGGCGUUUGCAGAAAAGUCAGCCCCUUAGAAAUGUGCCUGAUUCUAAGAUUCUCCUUUUAGGGGGUGUUUCAUUGAGUCUCUCAUAGGCCUGGUGCAAGUUUCCAAGAUUAUGAGAACAACGGCUACAGUGCACUUUUGCGCCAGACUUAUCUAUAUGCUAAAUAUAAAGUUGCACACAUGAAGCAGAAGCAGUGAAAAGCGUGAAGAAGUGAGCCUGUGGAGAAGUUGCCCAUGGCAACCAAUCCGCUGCUUCGUACAAUUGUAUAGUAUGCCAAUUAUAAAUGUUACGUCAAUGCUGAUUGGUUGCCAUGGGCAACUUCUCCACUGCUUCAUGAAAAGUCCCCAGAAUACAUUCUUAGUGGCAUAUUCAUAAAUAUGUCCCAUCUGCAGCCCCAAUACUUUGGUAUCUGACUCCCCAUGAAUUGCAGCUGUCCCCAUUAGCCUUAUCACUGACAGCUAUGUCGCUAGUUAGUAAAGGCAUAACUUCACGCUGCCAAAUCUGACCUGACGGUGUUAACGCACAUGCAUGACCUGGGUUUUGCAGUCACACUCCGAAAAAUGAAAGUUUGCGGCGUUUGACGAAUGUAGGUCCCCAUAUUAUCGGGGCUGCCAGGUUAGCAGGAUCAGUGAUAUCUCCUGCAUUACCUGUGUAAAGUGCAGACCCGAUACUUGUAUUUUACAAAUGUAAGUGAAAAUGUAUUUUCACUUACAAUAAGUGAUGAUGAAUGGGUCCCUUAUGAAACAUAAGUAUACUGAUGUAUUUAACUUGUACGCAAAAGUUGUGUUCUUACAUUAACUCUAAAUCAGGCCAAUAAUAGAAAGAAUAUAAGACAGUUACAGUAACUUGCACAAAUGACGUUUUUUUCUUAAAUUUUAGAAGUAUUUUGUAAGUGUACUGUAUUUAUUAAAUAUGUAAGGAAAAUACAUUGUAAUGUGUUGCGCAGUACAAAAUCAUAUUUGAAUUUCCGAUUCAGCUCAUUGAAAUUCUAAUAAAUGCUUUUGAUUAUAUUA